AAAUUCUGUGAACUUCAGCCUGUAAGUCGAGCUCCAGUGUUGUCUCCGGUAACCGGGGCUCACAGCUGCUCCGGGGCUGAGAGGAGGAGGAGGAGAGCCGGCGAGGAGGGGUCUCUCCUCAGAUCAUGACAUUAGCACAGAUCACCCCUGCACCUGCUACGCGCUUUCUGACAGAAAACUCAGCGUGAGCGAACCAAGGAUCUUACCGGGGUUACAGACCGCUGCGAUUCAAGCGGCGAGAGCGGACAAAUCCACAGAAAGCGCGCUUUGUGCGCGUGAAGAAAGUGAAAGUGAGCAUGUCGUCAUCCACAGAGAUCGGCAGAUUAAUGUACUACUAGAAGCAAUGCCACUGUGUGACAGCAGGCCCAGUCAUGUGCUGUGAUUGGUGUACUUGGGAGGAGAAUAUCAUGCCGUUCUGCCCCCUGGCACGCUAAGAGCCUUCUGGAGGUUUUCUCUGAUGGAGAUGAGGAAAUAUGUCGCAUCUGCCUUGAAGAGAAUGAACCCUGAUCCUUUCUCUCACCUCUAUUUAACCUUCAUCCUCCUCGAGGAAUGAAGACGGUGAGCCGAACCCUGGCUUCCAGCUGCAGUUCCACGCUCGUCCAGAUGAGGCGCUACAGAGCAGGAGUUUAUCCCUUCCUGUUCCCAUCAGUCAUCAGCUCCCUGAACCUGCCCUCCCCAACGCAGACUCGAAACACCUCCAGCAGUGGAGGAAUCCCAUCUCCUGUGGCCAUUGAGACUCAGAGCACCAGUUCAGAGGAAUUGGUCCCCAGUCCUCCAUCACCUCUACCCCCUCCUCGUGUCUACAAACCCUGCUUCGUCUGCCAGGACAAGUCCUCGGGGUACCACUAUGGUGUCAGUGCCUGUGAAGGCUGCAAGGGUUUUUUCCGCAGAAGUAUCCAGAAGAACAUGGUGUACACAUGCCACAGGGAGAAGAACUGCAUUAUCAACAAGGUGACUCGGAAUCGUUGUCAGUACUGCCGGCUGCAGAAGUGCUUCGCUGUGGGGAUGUCCAAAGAGUCUGUCCGGAAUGACAGGAAUAAGAAGAAAAAGGAGAUUCCAAAGCAGGAGUUGGCCGAGAGUUAUGAGCUGACAGCAGAACAAGAGACCAUCAUUGAGAAGAUACGGAAAGCUCACCAAGAGACGUUUCCCUCACUCUGCCAGCUGGGCAAGUACACCACGAACUCCAGUGCGGAUCACCGCGUGCGUCUGGAUCUGGGUCUCUGGGACAAGUUCAGUGAACUGGCCACUAAGUGCAUUAUUAAAAUCGUGGAGUUUGCCAAACGAGUUCCUGGUUUCACUGGACUCACAAUCGCCGAUCAGAUCACACUGCUUAAAGCCGCCUGCCUCGACAUAUUGAUACUGCGUAUCUGCACACGUUACACCCCCGACCAGGACACAAUGACGUUCUCUGACGGUCUCACGCUGAACCGCACACAGAUGCACAACGCUGGCUUCGGCCCGCUGACAGACCUGGUGUUCACCUUCGCAAACCAGCUCCUGCCCAUCGAGAUGGACGACACAGAGACAGGACUGCUGUCCGCCAUCUGCCUCAUCUCCGGAGAUCGUCAGGAUUUGGAAGAGCCUUCAAAAGUGGACCAGCUCCAGGAACCCCUGCUAGAGGCUCUGAAAAUCUACGUGCGAAAGCGCAGACCCAGCAAGCCGCACAUGUUCCCCAAGACCCUGAUGAAGAUCACAGACCUGCGCAGUAUCAGUGCUAAAGGUGCAGAGCGAGUGAUCUCUCUGAAGAUGGAGAUCCCUGGAUCAAUGCCUCCCCUCAUCCAGGAGAUGCUGGAGAACUCAGAGGGUCAGGAUGGACAGAGCUCCUCAGAGCGGAGCGGCUCGGGCAAAAACAGCAGCAGCUCCACAGAGCCCAAGGCCUCGGCCCCCUCCCCGGAGCCCACAGACGGGGCCACCUCCUCCAGCGAGGAGCCCUAGAGCCCAAGCGACUCAUGAAACCUCAGACUGAGAGACUGGACCUCUCCAGUGAGCUGGAUUUCUGCUUUAAGAACAGACGACGGCUGGUGUAUAAUCAAAACAGCUUGGAAGAAUCACACACCC